GGAGGGAGGGAGGAAGCCAAGAGGAUCUCAAUCCACCCGGGGGGGGGUGUGAGCUUACCUUUCCCGGCGUAGGAGCGCCGCGUGUCUUCCUCUGCCCGUCUCUCUCUCUCUCUCUCUCUUUUUCGGGCUCCCCAGCAGCCAAGCGAAGCUUCCUGCGCUGUUGGAGGAAGGCAGGAGAGGGAGGCGAAGAAGCCACAGAGAGAGAGAGAGAGAGAGAGAAAGGACGAGCGCCAGUCUUUGGCCGGAGGGAAAGCCCCGCAAGAGAAGGAGACUCGCCGAGGACGGAUCGCAAAGUUGCUGUUUUCUUGUCACUGGAAAAUGACACUUGGUGUAGCCAAGGGCGCCGCCGCCGCUACAGCCGCCGCUACAGCCGCCGCCGCCGCCGCCGCAGCAGCGCCGGUUGAACCUAUUGUUUCUUAAACUGCCUUCUUUCUUCGGCGAUCCGAAAGAGGGGGGGACUUCAGCACGGAAGGGACGCCGCCGGCAACGUCCUGCCACUUCUUGCGCGAUCCCGGCCAGCCAGCCAAGAAGAAAAACCAUAUUCUGAUUUUGUUAAAGAAAAAGAGGAGGAGGAGGAGGAGGAAGAGGAGGAGGAGGAGGAGGAAGAGGCCAGCCGGUGUCUCGCGCCCACCCUCCAAAGAACAAGCUCGUCAGGCGCCCGCUUGGAGCAUCCGCAAGCCGGCCCCGGAGGGAGAUUUUUGUAACCCUUUGGAUUCCCCCCCCCCCUCUUCUCUCUCUCUCUCUCUCUCUCUCCCCCCAAUCCCUUCAAUGUCUGUGUUUGAUUUUCUCUGAUUUGCUUUGAUUCAGCAGCGGUUCCAGAGAAAGAAAGAAAGCAAAGAAAGAAAGAAAGAGAAAAAAGCAAGAGGGGGGGAGUGAAACGAAAACCCCGACCCGCUCCGCGCUUUUUCUUCUUGUCAACAUACUGCGUUGUGGCUGGGGUUUUUUUUUUCUUUUUCUUUUGCAUUUUUGUUUUUCCUUGCUUUUCCUACUUUUUUUUUUCUUCAAGAAGAAAGGAAGGUUUUGGUUGGCCUUAAUUCAUGUUUGGGAUUCAGGAAAGCAUUCAGAGGAGUGGGAGCAGCAUGAAGGAAGAGCCCCUGGGCGCCGGCAUGAACGCGGUCAGGACAUGGAUGCAGGGAGCCGGCGUCCUGGAUGCAAACACCGCGGCGCAGAGCGGGGUAGGCCUGGCCCGGGCUCAUUUCGAGAAGCAGCCGCCUUCCAACUUGCGGAAAUCGAACUUCUUCCACUUCGUGCUGGCUUUGUACGACCGGCAGGGGCAGCCCGUGGAGAUCGAGCGCACCGCCUUCGUGGGCUUCGUGGAGAAGGAGAAAGUAAGUGAAGCCAACAGCGAAAAGACCAACAAUGGGAUCCAUUACCGUCUGCAGCUCCUCUACAGCAACGGGAUAAGAACCGAACAGGAUUUUUACGUCCGUUUAAUCGACUCCAUGACAAAACAAGCGAUAAUAUAUGAAGGCCAAGACAAGAAUCCAGAAAUGUGCAGAGUUCUGCUCACCCAUGAAAUAAUGUGCAGCCGCUGUUGUGACAAGAAAAGCUGCGGCAACAGAAAUGAGACUCCUUCAGAUCCGGUGAUAAUUGACAGGUUCUUCUUGAAAUUUUUUCUUAAAUGUAACCAGAACUGCUUAAAAAAUGCAGGAAAUCCUCGAGACAUGCGGAGAUUUCAGGUUGUGGUAUCUACAACAGUCAAUGUGGAUGGCCACGUCUUGGCAGUGUCGGAUAAUAUGUUUGUGCACAAUAACUCCAAACAUGGGCGGAGGGCUCGAAGGCUUGAUCCUUCGGAAGGUACGCCUUCUUAUCUGGAACAUGCAGCUACACCCUGUAUCAAAGCCAUCAGUCCAAGUGAAGGAUGGACCACGGGAGGUGCCACUGUCAUCAUCAUAGGAGACAAUUUCUUUGAUGGGUUACAGGUCAUAUUCGGCACCAUGCUGGUCUGGAGUGAGCUUAUUACGCCACAUGCUAUCAGAGUUCAAACACCACCCCGACAUAUUCCUGGUGUUGUGGAAGUUACAUUGUCCUAUAAAUCCAAACAGUUCUGUAAAGGCACACCUGGAAGAUUUAUCUACACAGCUUUGAAUGAACCAACCAUUGACUAUGGCUUCCAAAGGUUACAGAAAGUCAUCCCGAGGCAUCCUGGUGACCCUGAGCGUUUACCAAAGGAAGUAAUACUCAAGAGGGCAGCAGAUCUGGUGGAAGCACUCUAUGGUAUGCCACAUAACAAUCAGGAAAUAAUCCUGAAAAGAGCAGCUGAUAUUGCAGAAGCACUCUACAGUGUCCCUCGUAAUCAUAACCAACUCCCUGCGCUCGCUAAUACAUCAGUCCAUGCUGGCAUGAUGGGUGUGAAUUCAUUUAGUGGUCAAUUAGCGGUAAAUGUCUCAGAAGCCUCACAGGCCACCAAUCAGGGUUUUACUCGCAACUCAAGCAGUGUAUCUCCUCAUGGUUAUGUGCCAAGCACUACACCUCAGCAGACAAACUACAACUCCGUCACAACAAGCAUGAAUGGGUAUGGAAAUGCUGGAAUGUCCAAUUUAGGUGGUUCUCCAACUUUCCUGAAUGGAUCUGCUGCCAACUCUCCCUACGCCAUUGUGCCAUCCAGUCCAACCAUGGCAUCCUCUACUAGUCUCCCUUCUAAUUGUAGCAGCUCCUCUGGGAUCUUCUCCUUCUCACCAGCCAAUAUGGUCUCAGCAGUGAAACAGAAGAGUGCUUUUGCUCCUGUUGUCAGACCACAGACAUCCCCUCCCCCCACCUGUACCAGCACCAAUGGGAAUAGCCUGCAAGACCAGUCUUUUGUGGACUCUAGCAAGUACUCCACUGCAGGGUCUCUCCAGGGUCUGGCCUUCUCCUGAACUAUAUCUGGCAUGAUAGUUCCUCCCAUGUGAAUGAAUUGCCUUGAAGAAUUGACUAAUGAAGGAUUUGGAUUCUGCUCCAGAACGAAGUCUGACCCAAGUCCCAGAGAGGAACUUUUAACUCAGGCCUUUCUUCAAGGAAAAAGGAAGACUCUCAAAAUAACUGCAAAGUUUAAAAAAAACAAACAUUUUUUUUUAAAAAAAAUUGCCAUCCUUGCAAAAUAUUCCUGAAAUCUACUCACAGCCUGCAAGGGCAAGAUGUUAAUUUGAGCUGUCCGUCCCAAGUUCUUGGGGGAGAAAUUUGUGUCCUGAAGAAAAUACGCUUUGGUCUUUUCAGUUUUUAUGGGUCACCUUUUGUCUUUUACAAAUCACAAUGGGAGGGAGAGGCACAAAGAUGAAAAGCCAACUUGAGAACUUUUCUUCGUUGUAGUUUUUUAAAACUGUCUUAAAGGGAAAUAAAGUGGCAACACAUGAGUUUCUAUGGAACAGAAGUAGAAGUGCCAGUUAGGAAUUAUUGAUGUUUUUCUUUCCUUCGAAAAUUAAUGGCUGUGCCAGUAAGGGUUGUUUUCAUAUGUUUUACUUAACCAACAAUAGCACAUACAUCUGGGAUUUGCAAUCUGGGGAAGUAUCAAUGGAUGUCUAUGUGAACAUACCGGUAGAUACAAAGAUACACCAUACACAAAAAGGAUUUCAUUUUAGAAGCCAUGAUUUUUUUUCCCCUUAAUCCCUCCACACCUCUUUUUGACAACAUUGUACUUAGAAGAUUGCAUAAAUAUUGCAAGGCAGGGGGAAAAAGCAUAUGUGUAGCUAUGGACAUGCAUUUUCCAUCUUUACUUUGGUAACCCAGUGCCUCUGGAUAUAAUACUAAAAACUGCAAAUCCAAUUAGCAUGGCUCUCUGUCUUUUGCUUUUAACCAACUUAAAUCCAAAUACAGUCUUAAACUGUCUUUCUCUGUAAAUCUCAUUGAAAAUUGAUAGGACAGGACAAAGGCACAAAAGUGAGCCGUUCAGUGCAUUUUGGAGCAUAUUUUUUACCAGAAGCAUCUUUCCUGAUACCUGUAUCUUUCAUUUAGAAGUGGGCCAGGGCAGGGGAGGGGAGGGAGGGAGGGACAAGAUACAGGAUUCAUCCUGCCAUUCCAGAGGAUGGUCCAGAAGCACACACAUAGGAAAAAGGACAUAUCUGGUUUGAGCUGCAGUUGUUUUUAUAUCAGGCAACCGUUUCAGUUCGCAACAUAAUCUCUUAAGCAACAAGUGGUUGCAUUUUUGAGAAUAUGUAUAGGAGAAAAAGGGUGAAGAACACAGUAAGUUAUAUGACAGUUGCAAAAUAAACCACCCAAUUUACAGGAAUUUAUCUCUUGUUACUUGGAAAGUGUUCUUAAUUAAAGAUGCAACAAACCUUUACAAAUGCAUUCAUUAAAUAAUCUGUUUGGGGUUUUUUUUUUUCCUUUGCUGUGGCAUUUUGUAUGUAGUUAUAAAUAAAUACUGUAGAUUUUUUUUGGCCAAAUUAUUGUUCUAUUUAUACAAUUUAAUGUCUUAAGACAGAUUUUCAACCACACACAAAUCUACAAGAAUUACUGCAUAUUUUGCAAAAUGAGCUCACUACCUUUAUGAUUGCACAUGCUUGCAAAAUGAAUUAAAGAAAUAAAGCUUUUUUAAUGAAGAAUUUUGUAAAAUACCCAUAUAAAUAAUGUAUUUAACUUUGAACUUUGUACAUUGCUUUUUCUCUGCAGCAUCCCAGUUUAUUUUAUUGUGUAAUUUUGCUAUGUGAAAAGUGCUAAUUUGUUUGUUCAUUCACAAGUGUGUUAGCUGUUUAAAUGUGAUUUAAUGCAAUUCAUUUAUACUUUUUUUAGUAAUUGUUUUAAACCAAGCUUCCAUUUUUGUUUUAAGUUCACCAAAGCCAUUGUCUAUUUUUGUAUUAUUUCUAAGUUAAGAAGUUUUUUUCCCAAUAUAUGGCAAAAAAGUAGCAUAUUAUUCUUAUAGCAUUUAGUUACGUAGAUUUAAAAAAGUAUUCUUUGCUUUUGAAGCUUAUUAAAAAAAAAUCUAAAGCUGUUUUACUCUAUUAAUAUGCAUGGAAUCUCUCCCCUUUGAAGUGACGCAUUUUUGUUCAUUAAAUAUGGGGAGAAACUUCAUAGAAAUUAAUGAAAAUACUUUCUUUCUUGUCUGCUUGUAUAUUUCUCUGUCUUUCACAUAAAUAUAAACCAGCAGAUUGGAUGCCUUAACAAUGCAAAGCAUAUUCAUUUCACUUGUACAUUGUACUGAGCAUCAAAACUGUCAAUCAUCACUAACAUUCUGAAAAAAAAAGAUUUUGAAAAGCACAAAAGAACUGUUUUGUUACCUUAAGAAAAUGUGACUUUUUUCUAGACAAGCAACAAUGCUGCAACUGUGCAUGCUUCCUGUAUGAAUUUUACAAGGGAUUUCACUCAGAUUUCACUGUGUGAUCUUUCGGGAAAGGGAAAAGGGUGGGUGUGGGAAAGAGAGAGAGAGAGAAAGAGAGAAAGAGAGAGUGAGAGAAAGGAAGAAAAAAAUCCAUAAUGUAUUCUUUCCCCACAGAAAAACAAGAACAUAGUCACACAUAAAGAAAUUGGAAAAUAUAAGGAAUUAUCAGUGUAUUGUUUCAUUAUAAUCCGAACAUUUGUUCUAAUUCUUAAAGUAAUAGUGGCACACAAAUGUAAUCAAAUUAAAGCCAUAUUUUAUCCAGUGAUGCCCUCCGUGGAAUCCCAGUCAGACAGAUUAUUUUUAUUUAGACAGUUACAUGAAUGUGUAUAGCCUGUUUCCUUGACCUCCAAAGAUCAUGUGAGAGUACACAGACUUUCUUUCUCCAAGUAUUUAUAGUGCGUGAUAAAGAAAAGUUAUAUUUUAAAUUAUCUCCCUGCCCUGAAUAGAUUCCUAUGAGUUCCAAGUCCAUUCUUAAAGAUGCCGCUUUUUACAGAAUAUGGCUUUAAGUGGGAAUGAUCAUGUUUCAGACUUAAAAUGUGAUUUCUCACCUUGGCUGGGCUGUGAGAAUGAUGUCCGCUUCCUCUCCAUCGUAGCCAACCGCAUCUUAAAAUGAAGUCAUCUCUGAACUGAUUCUCCUUUCAUUUCUUACUGAACCUUUUGGAAUAGACACAAACGCUGUACAGUUCUAUUGUUAGAGAAGAAAAACCUAACUACUGUAGAGAUUGUUAUAAUUAUUUUGCAGAAAUUCAAGCUGUAAAAACUUUUCAACUUUCACACUAUUUAAUUAAAGUUACUUCCUGUCUGUGA